AUGUCAGAGGAGAAUGCCGGACACUACAGAGCUAAGGUCACGUUCGGGACCCUGACACUGGAACUAGACGCAACUGUAACCCACCUUAAGUUCCUGGAGCUGUCUACUUCCAUACCACUUCCGGUGGAGUUCAACACUUACUACUUAACCUGUCGGUUUAGUGGUAUUAUUGGAAAAGCAGUUCCGCUCAUCACCUGGUUCAAGGACAACACACCGUUCUCGAAGAUAGAAAACGGCUUCAUCAGCACGAACACCCAGAACGACAUGACAACAAGCAAAGUGGUGAUAACCCUAGCUAACUCCACUUACCACGACGGGGUCUACAACUGUUCGGCUACCUACGCUGAUGUACUGCCCACGUUCGGGGGCACCCUCAAGUCUCCUAACAACAAACCUAUCACAGUGCUCUAUACGAUUGACAUAGUUGCACCACUAACUUCGAAGGAAGGGGAAUCGAUAACAAUGAAAUGCCGGGGUAGCUAUGAUCCAAGUUUGGGAACCAAAGACAGCUCAAGUUAUAAGUUUGUCUGGUUCUACGGCGAGCAAAUAAUCCAAGAGAAAUCCAGCGCAAUAACAAAUAACGGGAAGAUUAUCGAGAGUUUGUACGUUAUCGAGGAGGCAGGGGGAGUGAACAACGGUACCUACAGCUGCAAAGCACUCUACAUCAUGAACGGGGAGGAGUUGCCAGGGAAAACUACUCAGCACUCAAAGAUUUGUACUUUACCGGUGGUUGUGGGUGGAAGCUGGCAUGAGAAAACAGAAGCUGGAGAUCUUGUUCCUAAAAAAGACACAACAGCUUUUGCUGGGAAAGUUUUGUACCUCGUAUGCGCACCUGACUACACCAAUAAAGGACCUGCCUUCAAAGUGUGUCUCCCCGGGGGUUCUUUCAGCGAAAGCUUGACCUGUGAGAAGAAACCAGAGGACGCUAAGUGCCCGAAUAUAAAAUCGUCAGAUGAAGGAUCAUCAAGCUGCGCUGUGGUGGAUGACUUAUUCUCUUGUAACUUCACCUGUACUACCGGUGUCAUUUAUAACGGGAAGUCUCUUCAGAAGUGGGAGGUCAAGACUUGUAACACCACGACCAAGCUCUGGUCAGAUCAGGUGACACCCGAAGCGUACUGGUCCGUUUGUACGGUUGAGGCUGAGCCUGCAGGCAGAUAUUAUCGUGUUGACGUCCUGUUUGAACCCAACGUUGACUGCUCUCAAGUUCCCGACUUCCCUGCCCAGCUCAACACUUUUUUCACAAGCAACAAGGACCAUUACAAGUGUAUCAAGAACCAGCAAUGUCGUCUACUAUCAUCGGACUCCACCUGUACCGACAACGCUAACAAAACCAUCACCAUCUCCUUCACCAUGAGCCAGCUGGUGACCAUGAGCGAUGACAGUAUAUUUGAAGCGUUCGACCAAGCCCUGGAUAUCCACAUAAGAAUUGGAGUAUUUGUCCUGACCAAGUCAGAAGGGAGGAAGAGAUCAGCAGGAGUAGUAACGGCGACAAGUUACUUAGACACCAGCUGGAUAGAUUGUGAGGACGGUUGGGGUCGGGUAGAGGAGCGUUGUGUGCAGUGUCCUGCUGGGUUCAAGAGCAACAAACAGACCCGGUACCCCUGUGAGAUCUGCUCUGGUGGCACCUUCACCUCACUGCCUGGUAAGGACGAGUGUACCAGCUGCCCGGAAAAUACCAGUACGCCCUCUAACGGGGCUACAUCAGCUGACAUGUGCAUGGUCCUCUGUAAUAUCCCCAAAAUUACAAACGGCAACACUUUCCCCUUCGUCAACUUCAACGUUACCUCCGAUCAGGAUGUAACUAUCACGUGUAACUCUAACCCGUCUGAUUUCCACGAUACUUCAUAUUACGCUCUAGAGUUCGGACAGGAGAGUGUUGUUAAGUGUGCCACGAAACUGCCAGACUGCUACAGAACCUGCUCCCUUACUGACCUACCGGAAAAUCAGGUCUUCUUGGGGUCCUACAAGGUAGGCGACUCAAUCACCUACAGAGAAAGAAUCGGCAUCAAGUGUUCAGACAAGUCCACAGUUUUUGCAACGUGUGGUGAGGAAGGUUUGAUAUCCAUACCGGUGUGCGGCAAGCAGAUCGUUGAGGAGCCUAGUUCCCAAAACAUUGUGUGGUUGGUUGUUGCGGUUUCUGUUUCUGCAUUGGUUGUGGCUGGUGUGAUAAUUCUCACUGCCACCAUUGUCAAGAGACGGAGGGACGCCGCGGAGAAAGCUGAGAGUGACAUGUCGAAGAGUAUCGCUCUUGCUACAAAUAUCUACUCAGGACAAGAACAAAUUGUUCUGUCAAGACCCUUCGAUGCACAGGCUUUCGUCAUGCAUGUUCAGGAGUUCUCAGCAAGCAACAACGAGAAAUUCCUGGAAGAUUUUGCCAACAUUCCACACGGAGAUGAGUCGAGUAAGACAGCAGGACAACAGGAGGUUAACCUCAAGAAGAACAGAUAUCAGAACGUCAUUCCGUACGAUUUGUCUCGUGUAAAACUGGUUCUGAAGAAGAACGUGCCCUACUCAGAGUACAUCAACGCUAGCUUCAUUAACGGGUAUACCCGACCGAAGGAGUACAUAGUUACCCAGAAUCCUUUGAACAACACCAAGACGGACUUCUGGAGGAUGGUGUAUGAGCACAGAUCAUUCUACAUUAUUUGCCUGUGUGACGGCGACCCUGAUACCCCGAACAAGUGUGCUAAGUAUUGGCCGGACGAGGAGUACACGUACGGAAACCUGCGAGUCUCACUUCUCACAGACACCCUCUACCCCAACUUUAUAGAGCGAACAUUCGAGCUACUGCCGACUGGAUCCAGUACUGCGGUCACUGUAAAACAGUACCAUCUCACAAACUGGAGGGGUCCCGUCCCUGAUCAGGCUGCUUUCAUAGACUUUAUUUAUUACACCAGGUUCCUUACCAAGGAUAGACGUGAACCCGUCAUCAUUCAUAGCCCGAGCGGUGCUGACUAUGCGGGAGUUUACGUAGCACUCGACUACACACUGGAUAGACUGAGUAGGGAGGACACUAUCAACGUGUUGGGUGUCACCUCCGCCAUGAGAACUCAACGUGUUCUCAUGAUUCAGAACGAGCUGCAGUAUAUCUUCGUUCACAAGAUAAUCGCCAAGAUUAUCAACAACAAGCACUUCGAAAAUCUCAGGGACAACCGCUUCAAAUUUACUCUUCGUAAGAUAAAAGAGAUAAGCAACGAUACGAUAAAGUGGGAUAAUUCUUGAUAACCCUUAACUAGAAGUGACCUCUGAUCCUGGGUUUUAUUUUUCCUACACCAAAAAUCUGAAUUGGUCGAAGUCGCUCUUGAUAGUGAUAGAUUUUGUAACCAUUAUGUAAUAAGACAUUAUGAGGUUUAGCUCAUUAAUUAAUUAGUGGUAAUAUAAUGAGUUAUGAUAAAGUAAUGUGAUCGUGCUGCAUAUUAGCACCAGUAUAUUACAAAAGCUGUAUAGAACAGAAAUAUAAUAAUACAUUUAGAUGAACAAAUUAAGUUCUCUUAAACUUUGCAGCAGCAUUCAGGAAAGACCUUCUACAUUCUAGCCAUGUGAUUGAAUUAAUUGAUAACGUUUUAAUGUUAAACUCUGGAAGUUUUCAUUAUCUUCGAUGUUUUUAAAUAUACUUAACUAUGUGAACGACUUCUGCUUUGUUCUUGCCGUAAAUGGACUCCAAAAAUAUGUUGAAAUUUCGAUCAUAUCACAGAACUGUUAUAAUGUAUAAAUAAUUAACUAUAAUUUAAUUCAGAUUAUUGAGAAUUUAUUUAUAUGGCUUCAUGAACUGAAAUUAUUUCUUUGUUAUAAUGUUAUUGAUGAUGAUACCAGAUGUUGUUCAAUCUCUUCAAUUGUUCAUAAACAAUAAAGUCCAGCUCCAAAUCUAC